GCGUGAGUGUGUUGAUGCUCUGUCGAGCUCGAGCCUCGCUGACCGAAACGCGUCCCUGAUCCCUUGACAGUCUUACGCAAGUAGAUUUAUCCUCGACCAUUUCUACCUUUUGAUCGUGAUUCAUCAGCGUUACCCUCCCCGAAGAUGAGGAGAUGUGGUCCAUGCUACGAUUUUCGGCAUGUCCCAUUGCUCACAGCUCAUCCACAUAAUUCUCAUCUCAAAGGUCUACUAGCCCUUUGGGUCAUCAACCUUGGACAAAACUAUGCAGCUUGGAUCUGCUGCUGUUAUAAUCUUCGAAAACACAUUUUGUCUUUGGGAACAGCGACGACAGCAUAGACUUUUGGAUCAGCAACACCCUCUUGAGCUGGAGUCUGUUCGUCCUGUUCGCGUUGCUCUUCAGCAGUACAUAGCGUCUCCCAAUGCAGCUGCUGUCAGGGAAGCUCUGAGCUCUGCCGUCCACACAUAUGAAGCAGGCUUCUCUCAGUGGAUACCAGGGUCGACCAAAAGCUCUCAGAAGAAAGCAGAGUUAAUCAAUACAAUCAUUGAAGUUGUUUUACAACACCGCCUGCCAAUACCUGAAGUCCAAGCAAUAUGACGAUAUUGAGCUCAGCGGAUUGCGGUUUCUUGGUUGGCUGAUGGCAUGUCCGUGAAGGUGGUCAAGGAGGUAGAACUGUAUGAAACUGUUGAAGGGGGUCUCUUCAAUGUAAUAAGUAAUAUCGUGUCUGGGAGUUUUGCCAAUUUUGCCAGUGCACCAAAUGCCAGUCGUGCUCACUUUUA